UUUGUUAUUAAGUUGGUAGUGAAAUGUAUUACUUGGCAGCCCUGCUCUCGUUCAUAGUUGCAAACAAAUAUGGUUGCACACAGUUUCACGAAUUGAUUCUGAUAGAAAAUUUUUCUUUUUCAUUGUAAUAGAAGAAUAUUUGUACAACUGUAAUAACAUUAAUCAUGGAGUUAGGAUUGUCAAGUACGUUAUUAGCAGGUGAUCCACGUCUUGUGGAUCAUAUCGUUGGUGAAGUUAAAUCACAAGGUAUUUUUGAUCAAUUUCGUAAGGAAUGCAUAGCUGAUGUUGACACAAAGCCUGCGUAUCAAAAUCUACGUACAAGAGUUGAGGGAUCUGUCAAUUCAUUUCUCGACAAACAACUAUGGAAACCAGAACUUAAUAAAAAUCAAGUUAGAGAAACAUUGCGUAAACAUAUACACGAAGCACCAUAUUUAGAUGUCGGAGUUGAACGUAUUGUUGAUCAAGUAGUAAAUCCAAAGGUCUUCUCCGUAUUCAUGCCUCAAAUAGAAGACGUCGUAUAUAAGUUUUUGGGUUUAGAAAGACCAAAAAUUAAAGAAAAAUCUAGUGGUUGUGGACUCAAAGAUUUAUUACCUAAGGAUUUAGAUCCAGUUUCACCGGAAUCCGACAAGAACAGUUUGAAAGAUGUGUCACUUGAAUCUGUAGAUGCAAUAGAUGAUCUUGUUGUUAAGCCGGAUGAAAAAUCUGAACAAUCAUUUGAUGAACAUAAGUUAGAAAUUGUUGAAAAAUAUUUGGAAAGAAGUAAAGAUCAGAUAUCUGAGAAUGGACAUGCUUCCUCAGAAGAAAAAGUACUGGGCGAAGAGUGUAUUGAUUUUAAUAAGACUGUUAGUAAUGUAAAUUUAAAUACUUCUGGAAAAUCAGAUGACAAAAUUGACGAAGAAGAAGAAGAUAGUCCGACCUUCGAGCCGAUAGAUAUUAUGAAUUUAAAUGAAUCUAAUAUAUCUAAUGAUUCACAUCUAUCUGGUAUAUCCGAGUUAACAAGUCAUAGAUCCAGAAGUCCUAAUUUCUCCAACGAGGUAUCACAAGAUAAUUAUGAUUGCAGUAAUCAAGAUUCACAACUUAGUAAAGUUUCCUCUGAUUCAAGAUUAUCAAUUGUAACUGAUUUUGGAUUAUCUAAUCAUGCUUCAACACCAAUACACGAUGGCAUUAAAGAAGAGCCUGCUAAAGAUAAGUGUGAAAAUAAAACCACAAAAGAUAAUUUUCGAGCUCUUAGAGAAUUUGAAUCUUUUAAGAAUAAAAAUAAUAAAAACAUCGUUGAAUCGAAAAAAUGUAAAGAAAGUGGGAAUGAUUUAAAAGAUACAAAAGAGACAACAAAAAGCAUUAAACUGAAUUUACCAUCCAAGGAAAAUUCUAGCGAUGCCACGGAUAAUAGUACAAAAGACAAAUACGACAGUAAAAUAUAUAAAGAUAAGCAUAAAGACAGCGAAAAUUCAAAAUCUAAAUCUACAAAAGAAAAAAUCUAUUCCAAGGAUUCAAAAUGUAAGGAAAAAGACAAUGAGAAAAAGAAGCAGAGUAGUCAUAGUAGUUCCAAGCACGAUAAGCAUAUUAAGGGUAAGGUUAAAGAUAAACCUAGUCAGACAAAGGAUGCAGUUGAAAAAGUGAAAGAUAGCAAAGAUACUGUUACAGAUAAUAUAAAUAAAACUAAGGAAGAUAAAGUUAAAGAAAUCGAUAAAAAAGAAAGUAGUACCAACAAGGAAGCAAAAGAUUUGAAAGAUCUUUAUAAAGAAAAAAUUAGAGAACUUAGAGAGAAGAAAGAAUUAACCGAAAAAGAAAAAUUAAAUAAGGACAAUGUUAAGUCCAACAAAGAAUCAAAAGAUAAAAAGGAUUCGACUAAGGAUAAGAAGUCUUACAAAAAAGAGCAUAGAAGUUCUACUUCCAAAAGUCACGACGAAAAAAAUCGUCAUGAAAACAAAGUUAACAAAGGGUCGUCUGACAAAAUUUCAGAUAUUAAAGAAAAAAAAUCUGAAUCUAAGGAGAAAACAAAACGUGACGAACGUGGUUCGAAAGAUAUUAAGGAUAAAGGUAACGUCGUGAAAACAGAAUCUUCAGGUAAAUCAGAUAAAAAUGAUUUAAAGAAAACGUCUAAGAAUGGUAAGGAAGAAAAAAUAGAAAUUAAAAAAGAUAUUAAGAUCAGCAGCGAUAAGAUUUGUAAAAAGGAUGUACGUACUCAAGCGCAAAGUAAAACAUCAGACCGUAAUGAAAAGUCUAUAGAUAUUACGAAAAAAGAUUCAAAAAGUGAUGCCCAAGGUAAGGAGAAAAAAAGGAGAGAUGAUAAGAAAUCAAAAACAAAGGAUGACCAUUCUAGUCUACGGAAAAAUUCAAAUGAUCGUCGUUCUACGGACAGAGAUGGUUCCAAUGGAUCUAAUAGCAAAAGUUCACAAUCUAGUACUUCUAGUUCUAAUGCUACUACCAGUAAAUCAAGUUCUUCUGGAUUAACUAAAGAUACCAGUCAUAUGAGUAAUUCAAGCAGCGAAACAUCAGAUAGCAUAGGAGAAACGCAAAUAAAUAGAAUGAAACUUCAAUUGCAAAAUGAAAAUUAUGAUGAAGUAAAUAAAGAUAAUAUAAAUCUCACUGAUACCGAAUCAUACUGUGAUCAAGACAAUAGUUUUGAAGAUGUUCAAUUAAUGGAAACACAAUCAAGUGAAAACAAUUUACCAUUAAAAAAAAGACCGUUACUUGAUGAAAAUGAUUUAAAUUCUUCGAGCGAAAUGAAAAUGAAAAAACCUAAAUUUGCAAAAAACAUACACGAAGCUAAGAAGCUAAUGAAAAUUAGGAAACAAAUGGAGAAACAAAAGCAGAAGGAUGAUAAGAAAAUAGAGAAGAAAAUGGAGCAAAUAAUGUGUCCAAAGUUAGAGAGCAGUGGAGAUGAUUUGACUGCUGUUCCGGAUGAAGAACGCGUACAAAUAAUAGAAGUACCAGAUGAAGAAUACGAAGAACCUUACCCCGAUCGCCAAAUGAGUUUAACAUUAGAACAACGUUCAAUGAUAUUGCUAGAAGGAGAACUUCAUGGUACAGAUAUAUUACCAAAACGACCUAACUCAACGUCAAAACUAUCUGCCUUGGAAUUGUGUAUAAAACAAUCCUUAGAUGAAGCAAUAUGCCAUACAAAAUUGCAAGAACAAGAAGCUAAUGCAGAAUCUCGGCCUCUAACAUUAAAUAAAAUUUGUAAAGAUGAUCUAGCUUCAAGUAGUAGUAAAGACAGUUUAGAAAUUAAAAAUUAUGAUAAAGUACUGAAAAUAGUAAGAACAACUUCUGAAACAUUUCUUGACGCAAAUCAGAGUAUAGACAAAGUGAAGUCAAUAAAUACCAUUACUGAAAAUGGUAGUAAAAUAAGAAAUCAAAUAAGUACAACUGAUACGAAUAUUAGUGUAGAACACAGUGCAAUAUGUAAUGAGAGAAGUGAUAAAGCGUUUGAACAACCAAAAUCUCCUACCAGAGAUAUUACAGAAUAUAAUGAACUUGAUGAACAAUUAUCUGGACAAGCAAUUGCACAGUCUUCCAAGAAUGAAUUUGUACCAAAAGUUAAUGACGAUUAUGAAGAUUGUAGAUAUUUCAAACUUGAUAAUGAAGAAUCAGAUAAAUUUUUUAGUUUUUUACAUUCGUUAGAAAUGGUGAAAGGUAAUACUCUAGAGGAUAUAAUAGAAGAUUUAGGAGGUCAGAUAGUAUCAUCCGGCUCAAAAACAAUGGCGCCGCCAAUGCCAAAAAGAAAACAUUCAGGAAGUCCGUUAACAGACAUACUAUUCAAUAACUCAAAUAAUAAUAAUGACGGUCUGAAAAUAUCAAUGCCAAAUGAUCAUUCUUUAAAUGCUAUGAAAAAAAGAAAAAUAAUUGCUUCAAAAAAGCAAAGACUUCAUGCUAAUCCUUGCAUUUCGCAAAGCCUUUUAAAUGGAGAAAAUUUUGUAAUGCCCCUAAGUCCAGAAAGUGAUGUAUCAGCAACUAGCGAAAAAAUUCCAUCAUCUAAUAUAAUGAAAGAAGAAAAGAGUCGGCAUAGGAGCAGUCAACGAUAUUCAAGUGAUGACUUGUAUAAACCACGUCCAUUGUUUUCAAGUUCUUCUCGUCGGAGUAGAAGAGUUAAUCAAGUGUAGCUAGUAACUCAUGGCUUCAGAUGUUGAAUCAUAUUUGUUCUCUGUAUAAUACAGAAUUGAGCCAUUUUAUUUUUUUAAUAUAAUCUUGAUAUUAUAUUUAAAACAUAAAGUAAUGUUUUACAAUCUAUUCAAUUUGGCUGAUUAAUGUAAACAAAAUUAUGAGCUUUAUUUUUAAAUUACAUUGUUAUAUGUAAUUAUUAUAAUCUAUAUCAGAAAAUUUUAAAUGACAACAAAUACUGAAGCCGUAGAUAUAUUUUAGACUGUUGUUCCUUAGGACUAUGUAUUUAUUGUAUAAUAAGUAUGAAUGUUUUAUAAAUACUGAUUUAUUUAAUAAUUUCAUACAAAGAAGUGUUGAAUAGCACAACUGCAUUGAAAUAAAUAUUAAUUAACUCGAGCUAUGUAGAAACAGAAAUGUAUAUUUUUCAAUAUUUGCAUAUCUGAAAUGGAAUGCUCAAAAUUUCUACAAACGUUUUACAUGCUUAUUAUUGCAUUAUGUGUAUACAUUUGUAUAAAGUAAUUUUAUUUAAAGCAAUAGAAAGAAAAAGAAAAAAUUUGU